CCCAUCCAAAGCAUCGUCUCUUUCCGGCCCUAUAAAGCCAUGACCCAGCACUGCCGUUUCUACACGAUCCGCGAUCGGCGAGCUGCCUUUUUUUUUCUUGACAUUGUGCUGAAAGCAAGGAGAGGUGUAUCAGAAUCCCGGCCUUCUCAGGAAAGCAAAAGAUGGAAGCACCAUCGAUCACCGUGAAGUCCGUCGCCGAUGGGCCGCAGCUCAAGGAAAUCAUGAAGAAUGCUGCUGAGGAUGGUGGCAACAAGUUGCUGGUGCUGGAGUUCAUGGCGCCGUGGUCGGAGCCGUGCAAGUACAUGAGCAAGGUGCUAGAUGGAAACCCCGCCGGGAGAGGACUUGCAUACGAUUUGCGAGGCUAUGCUGACUUUUACGCGCUUGACAUCACCAAAUUCAGGCAAUUUGCACAGCGCAUGACAGUGGAGGCCCUGCCGACGUUUCUGCUACUCACGAAGGGCUACACGGUGCUGGCCCGCGUCGUAGGCGUUGACAAGGAAGAGCUCAGGAGCAGCAUCAUGCAGGAACACAGAGACAAAGCAGCUGCUGGGGCCGGCCAGGAAAAGGUGAACCCCGAACAAGAUAUAGAUGAGCCCCUGAGCUUGUUCUCAAGUCCGUAUGCCUUCUUGAGGGCCAGGCUAAGAUCAUUCUUCAAUUAGAUCUUGAUCUCUGCGUCAUGAGUGUAGCUAGCUAGUACAUCAUAAAUAAAUCUAAAAUAAAUAUUGUGUAAAUUCUAAUACUACAGUAUGCAUGAUAUCUGUGUGUGAGCAUAAGGGUAGGCAUGUGCAACCAGCAGGUACCAACAAUUUUAAGAGAAAAGUCAAAUUUUCAAUUUUGAACUA